AUGCCUCCCAUUCACCGUCUCUUUUCAUACUGCCUGAAGAUUACAUCAUCCUCUCUUCCUCACACUACCCUCAUAUGUACUCUCUCCCUCACUUUUUUCCUUCCUCCCCCCCCACCCCUCCCACCUCCACUAUUUCAACUACAGUACGACCACAGUGGACGAACCCCUGUGGUCUCUGCAAAGAUUUGGGGUGCUGCCCCGCAGGUUCGGGCAGACAGGAGAAAAGAUCGAGUCGAGACGACUCCGGAGCAGCUGGCAGCAGCGUCUGCCGAGGCUGAGAGAAUGUCAGUGGCCACUGGCAUGAGGACACGUGUCAUUGGGUGGUACCACUCGCACCCACACAUCACUGUUCACCCGUCCCAUGUCGACGUGCGCACACAGGGCAUGUACCAGAUGCUGGACGAGGGCUUCGUGGGGCUCAUAUUUUCUGCCUUCAACCGCGCCUCCUCGCAUGCCCAGGCGGGUCAGCUACAGGCAGUGGCGUUUCAGUCCGUGUCAGCACGCGACAAGGAGCAGAGGGAGCAGCGGUCACAGCACACCCCGGCACGGGGGCAGUGGGCGCAGCUGGGCACCAAGAGAGAGCACUCGUCACACCCCUCUGUCUCAGACCUCGAGCCUCAGGAGCUGGCAGUGGUGCUGGCUGCUGUGGAUGAUGACGUCCCAUCAUCCGACUUCACAGCAUGGGAGGUGCCAAUAAAGGUGGUUUCUUCAGCCCGAGCCUUCCCCUCCCUGCCCCGUGCACAUGCCGUGGCGCCCCUGACUGGGCUGCAGCGCAUGCUGUUGGUGGAGGAGAAGGAGGCGUAUGAGAAGGCGGUAGAGCAUGCAGGCAGGUGGGUGGUUAUGCCCGCGAUUUCUCCUCUCUGCCUCAAGCUCACCCAGCUGCAGUGGAUGCUGUUAAUGGAGGAGAAGGAGGCGUAUGAGAAGGCGGUAGAGCAUACAGGCAGGCACGUACACAUUGCUCUGUUUCCCUCUGCGCUCCUACACGGCGAGCCCAACCCAUUGGAGCUGAUUCACCGCCACCGCCGCCUACCAGGCUUACCUAUCAUCCUCUCGUUUCCAUCCCCUCUCCUGUCCCCUCUCCCCUCCCCUCUUCCCACCCUCUCCCUUCCCCUCUUCCCACCCUCUCCCCUCCCCUCUUCCCACCCUCUUCCCUCCCCUCUCUCUACUCCAGACACGGCGAGCCUAACCCUCUGGAGUUGA